AUGCUGAAAAAACUGGAUCCAUCACGAAAGGCGCGACGGAGAGCCAACAAGGACAAAAGGCGUCAGGCACGAGAGGAACAACAAUGGCAGGAAACACGAACGAAUGAGACAAAGAAUAAGGGCAGUUCCAUCUGGGAUGCUUUUGAUUUUACAAGAGGUGGUCUCAGUGACAGACAGACUUUUUUGGCGUUUGUGGUGGUGGGCCCUGCCGCUAUCACCUACCUCCUGUAUAGUUUGGGAGUGGUUGGUGCACCAGGAGAAAAACAAAAGAAGCGGGAAAUGGCACAACAACAACAACAACAAUAA